AACGACUCCCAUUUUCUAUUAUGAAUGGACAAAGUGGCGAAGAGUGAUUCCUUAUCCUCAACUUUCAGAUAUGGCGAAAGAAGAAGCAACUCCGAAGCUUGUGAUGAUUGCAAUGAAAGUGCUAUUGGAAAUUUUAUGUGUUCGGGGGUGUUGGUGAAGGUGGAUGAGUCAGUUGCGGUGAUGACGUGGAAGCUGACUAGGAUGACACCCAAGAAAAUGAGGGGGGUUCUUUCGGCGGCACCCAUCUCAUGUGUGGAGAGCUACAUGCUACAGGCCAUCCCACUUUGCUGGGCAAUGAUGUCUUGCAGUGAACUCUCCAGCAAAGCUUUUGAAAGGAUAAAUCUUCCAGCCAAGCCAAUGGAGUUGGGCAGCAAUGGCAGGAUUCCAAGGAUUCAAGAUGAUUACACAAAUCCCAAAAACAUUAUGGAUGGAGGUUCAACUUCACCCUUGAGAUACUUCCAAAGGCAAAAGGAUAAACUUGAAAGUGGUGAUGGGAGAAUGAAGGAUGACCGCUUGGGAGCUUACGAAUGGAGCACUUGAUCCUGUUUUUUAUGCUAACUUUGCAAUCUUGAUCAUUUGAUGCUCAAGAAGAACUAUCCAAAAGCUGAAACUGCAGCAUGUUGUUUCACGACCAUAAUAUCUUGUAGGUUUGGAAAUGUUCUACGAUACUGGGUGGUAUUUGACAG